CAGCGACUCAGUGAGGAAGUCCGUUAGAGUCGACACCUCAGACAGACAGACAGGAAGAGCGAGGCGUAGCGCUGUGGAGAGGAAAGGGUCCAGUCUGAGGAGCUCCAAGUGCAGGAUGGACACCAAAAGUUUCCCUUUGCACAAUUAACUCGAAAUAAGGAAUUACUUUGUUUCGCAGGACACUUUGUGUUUGUUUCCAGCGAAGACGCCAAACAGAGGGAGUAUCAGUCUUUAAAACAUCUCGGACCUCAGGAUUAUGGUGUUGCAUGCUCCGGCUGCGGAUCUGAAGGACGAUCAAAAUGCUGAAAUGUAAAGCUAGAAGUUUCUCCUGCUGCCUGGGGUUCGCCUCGCUGCUGCUGCUGCUGCAGGUUGUGAGCAGUGCAGCUCCCACAGAGCAUCCUGCAUCCUCCGCUCCCUGCAGCAUCUCUGUGUCUGGAUCGGCGUCCGGUCCGAACUCCGUUUCUCUGACUCUGACUACCGCCGGACUGAACUGCUCCUUCUCCGUGGCGUCGCCGGACGUCGGAACAGACUCCUCCGAGUGUCGCACAGUCACAGAGCGUGAGCUGCAGGGGAAUGAAACGGAGCGGCCGCCCGGCGCCGGAGUUUUCACCUGCGCGUUGGAUCACCUGGAGCCUGGAGCCGCCUACCUGCUGCAGGUCCGAUCGCAGACGGACGAUGAGUCGGCCAACGUGACGCUGCACACCAGACCGUCAGCGGUGGUCGGCCUGGCUGUGACCUCCAGGACCUGCAGCAGCCUGGGCCUUUCCUGGCAGGCCGGCCCAGGCAGGACGCAGCGCUUCAGGCUGCAGCUGCGGGAAAAAGCCCAGAUCUCCAAUCAGUCCGAUCUGCUGAAGAAUGAGACUUUAGGAAGCACGACGACGCGGCACACACUCAACGACCUGACUCCGGGGCGCCUGUACGUCGUUACCAUGGUGACGGAGGCCGGCGGCCUGCAGAGCAGCAGGACGGUCGAGGCUCGGACAGCGCCCGCCGCCAUUUCCAACGUCACCUCGGAAAACAACUGCACCAGCCUCCGGUUGUCGUGGCAACGUCCCGAAGGUGACGUGGACGCCAUGGUCGUCACCUUCUUCGACAACGACACGAUAGUGCAGGAAACGACUGAGCCUGGAAACGCCACCGAGGUCGCUGCCUACAAGCUCACCCCCGGCUCGGCCUAUCAGGUGGAAGUGAUGUCAGUCAGCGGCUCUCUGACGAACCAAUCAAAACUCACCGUCAGGACAGCUCCGGCGGCGGCGUCACACCUCCAGCUGUCUCCUUCUUCUGCCGGCCUUCUGCUAACGUGGGCGCCCCCCGCUGGCCGCUGGGAGAACUACAGGGUUUUCCUGUUAGAUGGCGUGCAGCAGCUGGUCGACACCGCACUGGGCCGAGAUGCGGUGAACUUUAGCUUUCCGGGGACAGAACUGACGCCUGGCAGGCGGUACCGAGCCACGCUGAGAGUGGAGAGUGGAGGACUGGCGGGCGAGAGCAGCUGUUAUGGGUCAACGGCUCCCGCUCCGGUGGCAGAUCUCCACAUUCGCCACUCGGAUGAGACGUUGCUCAGCGCCAUGUGGAACCACGCCCCUUCUGGGUCACGUGAUGACUACUUCCUCACCAUUCGCCAUGGUGACACUAUCGUGGACAUGCGCCAGGUGGAGCCGAACAUGAGAGAGUGCACGUUCAACGUGCUCACCCCUGGACGGCGGUACGUCAUCACCGUGACGACGAGGAGUGGGAAUCUGAACACAUCUGUAUCAGUGGAGGGAAGGACAGUUCCGAUGGCGCUGCGUACGAUCAGCCUGAGCAACUCGGGAGUCGACAGCCUUCAGGUGACCUGGAAGAAACCACCAGGAGACGUGGACUCGUACAACCUCACUCUGCUGCGAAACAGUGUUGUUGUCCAGAACCACAGCGUUCCAGCUGGUUCUAACUCUUUGGUUCUGACCAGUUUGACGCCUGGCACCCUCUACAGGCUGCAGGCUGCCACUAUCAGCGGGGAGCUGCAGUCUAAACCAAUCAGUCUGGAGGCUCGAACAGCGCCAGCCGCCGUCUCCAAGGUGACGGUUGCCAACGGUGGCAGGUCAGACGCUCUGUACGUCUCGUGGCUACCUGCGGAUGGCGUGGUGGACAGCUACCUGGUCCAGCUGGAGGACAGGAAGCGGACCGUCCACAUGCUUCCCGUGUCCAGCUCCUCGCCGCCUGAGUGCUCCUUCAACUCGCUGGAGGCCGGACACCUGUAUUCAGUCGUCAUAGUAACCAGGAGCAGCGGAUUGGAGAACACCACUGUGGUCCAGGCUCGAACACAACCGGCGACGGCUGGAAACCCAAAUGCUGUUCACGCUGGAAGAGACGACUACCUCAAGGUGUACUGGCAUCACGCAGCAGGAGAUCUGGACCGCUAUGUGGUUCUGAUCAGCUACAACCACACCAUCCUGCAGAACCAGAGCGUCCCCACCGGACACAACGAGUGCGCCUUCUCGUCUCUGACGCCAGGGCGACUCUACACCGUCACCGUGGAAACAUGGAGCGGCAGCUACGUCAGCAGCAUCUCCACCCAUGGACGAACUCUUCCUGCAGCUGUGAGGAAUCUGUCGGUCAAGAACGCAGGAACAUCAGAGCUGAACGUUACCUGGAGCCCCGCCCUCGGAGACGUCGACCAUUACGAGGUGACUCUGCUCUUUAACGACACCCGGGUUUUCCCUCCCGCCAUGCUGGGCAGCGACGUGCAUCAUCACCUGCUGACCUCUCUGACCCCGGGGCGCCUCUAUAAGAUCAUGUUGUCCACCUUCAGCGGGCCUCUUCAGGUCGCCCAGGUGAUGGAGGGACGGACAGUUCCCAGCGCUGCAAAGAACCUGAGGCUGAUUCCCCAACCCGGCCGGACGGACUCUGGCGCUGGGUUGCUUUUCUCCUGGACAUCGGGACCCGGAGACCUGGACCUGUACAAAGUGUCUCUGUCACCCAUGGAUGGCGUUUCCAUCGACAUUCGUCCCGUCCCCAAACACAUCUCUUCCCUCGACUUUUUAGAUCUGAUCCCAGGCCAGGCUUACCGGGUCUCCAUCCAAUCACAGAGCGGGACGCUGACCAAUAGCAACACAGCGUCUGGCAGAGCAGCUCCAGCAGCGGUCACCGCCCUGCAGGCCGAUAACGGACACACCACCCAUAGCCUGACUGUCAGCUGGGAGCGUCCGGUCGGCGCAUUCGAUGGCUACCGCCUGCAGCUGCUGGACGAAGUGGGAGGCGUGGUGAGGAACCGGUCGGUGGCGGAGGACAGUCAGAGCGAGCAGCUGGAGGGUCUGACCUCUGGGAAGAGGUACCGGGUGAAGCUGGUGACGCUCAGCGGCGGGGUCACAUCGCUGGAGGCGGCCGCAGCAGAAGGACAAACCCGUCCUGCUGCUGUUCAAAACCUGACGAUCGUCAUGGCAAACACAACGUCCCUCAGCUUCUCCUGGCGUCCCUCAGACGGCCAUGUUGAUGCCUACGACCUGUCGCUCUACAGCGUCUCUGAGGCUACGGCCAAUCACAGGAUGCAGCAUCAGCAGACUGCUGGCGAGCCGGUGGACAGGAAGAAGGUGGGUCCAGCUGCAGACGGCUGCGUCUUCUCAGGCCUGAGAGCGGGAAGCCUCUACCGCCUCCUGGUGGUGAGCUGGAGCCACGACCUGAGCAGCGACUCGUCGGUCCUCGCCAGAACCGUCCCGGCUCCGGUGUCGGCUCUGCAGGUCCAGAGUUCUGGACGGAGCGACAGGCUGACGGUCAGCUGGCAGCAUGGAGUGGGAAGCUGCAGCAGCUACCAGGUUCUGCUGUACGACUCGUCCGGAUCCGCUCAGGACGCUCAGAUGCUGGGGGCGGAGCACAGCAGCCACACCUUCCUCGGUCUGACCGCCGGCCGGCUGUAUCGCGCUGAUGUCAUCACUCACAGCGGCGAUCUGACCAAUAGUGUCUCAGGAUUUGGACGAACCUCUCCAGAGCCGCCCAGCCACCUGUCUGUCAGACCUGGCCCGACCAAUCAGUCGGUAGAGCUGCUGUGGUCUGGCCCCGCCUCCGGGGACUAUGACAACUUCAGCCUGCAGUGGGCGCCAGACGACCCGCUGUCCGUCACACAGACGCACCGCAGCAGCCGCAUCGUCAGCGGGAUGUUUCCAGGACGACAGUACAACUUCACCGUGACUACCGUCAGCGGGGGCGGAGCCAAAAGUGGACCUACUGCCAGCAGCCAACCAAUCCAGAAGAGCGUCAGAACAAGUCCAUCUCCUCUGCGGUCCAUCCACUGCUUCCCUCUGUCUUCCUCCGCCCUCUCCUGCUCCUGGACGCCACCGCUCGCUGACUUCGACUCCUACGAGGUCGAAUGCCGUCGCCACGACAACGGGGAGCUGACCUCGACCCUGCGGCUGGCCGGCGGAGUCACCGCGGUAACGCUGGACCAUCUGGACGCGUUCAGGAAGUACGUGGUGACGGUCAGGGUGUCGUCAGCCGGGCAGCCGAGUCCAGCGGCGACUCAGACCGCCAUCACCAUGAUUGACCGUCCCCCCAUCCCGCCGCCCGGCGUUCAUGUCAGCGAGAAGUCGUCCAAAAUGACGUCGUCUUCCAUCUUGUUCCGCUUCAACUGUUCCUGGUUCAGCGACGCUAACGGAGCCAUCAGAUACUUCUCUGUGAUCGUAGCCGAGUCAGACGCCAAUGAAAAUCUGCAGCCGGAACAGCGCCACCCGAUGCCAUCAUAUCGCGAUUACAUCAGCAAUUCCUCUGUCAGAGCGUAUCAGACAUCGUACUUCCCGAGCCGCUGCCCUCAGGACACAGAGAGCGCCGGCGGACAGGUGGUGGAGGUGAAUCUGGGUGCAGGUGGAGAGCGUCUGGGCGGAGCCUGCGAUCAUUACCAUGACGACGACCUGUACCUUGGUUAUGGCGGCUUCUGUGACGGGCCGCUGAAACCUAAAACGUCUUACAGGCUGAGUGUGCGAGCCUUCACCAAACUGUUUGAUGAAAACCACAGAGAAGUGGCCGAGCCGCUCUUCUCAGACACGUAUCUGUCGUCGCCGCUCAGGACGCAUGCAGAGCCUCUAGGGGGCGUGGUGGAGGGCCUGAGCGCCGGGAUGUUUCUCAUCGGCAUGAUGGUGGCCGUCGUCUCCCUGCUGGCCUACAGGCAGCGGCUGCGCAAAGUGGCCGUGCAGGAGAACCCGGUGGUGAGGAUGAGUAUGUGGAAAGAAGUCCCGGCUUCGGGGAUGUAUAUGGGAGUGAGGAGUAACCGGCGGGUCACCAGUCCCGUCAAAGCGUGCCACUUUGAGUCCCAUCUGAACAAACUGCAGGCCGACUCCAACUACCUGCUGUCCGAGGAGUUUGAGGAUCUGAAGGAUGUGGGCCGCAACCAGACGAUGGACGUGGCCAGACUGCCGGAAAACCGCGGGAAGAACCGCUACAACAACAUCCUGCCGUACGACUCCACCCGGGUGAAGCUGUCCUACCUGGAGGACGACCCAUGCUCCGACUACGUCAAUGCUAGCUACAUACCUGGCAACAACUACCGCCGGGAGUACAUCGCCACCCAGGGGCCGCUGCCGGGCACAAAGGACGAUUUCUGGAGGAUGGUGUGGGAGCAUGGCGUGCACAACGUCGUCAUGGUGACGCAGUGUGUGGAGAAGGGACGGGUGAAGUGUGAUCAGUACUGGCCCGCCGACAAGGAGCCGCUGUACUACGGCGAUCUGGUCAUCCAGAUGCUGUCGGAGUCCGUCCUGCCGGAGUGGACCAUCAGAGAGUUCAAGAUCAUCUCGGAGAACAGCUGCAGUUAUCCGCGGAUGCUGCGUCACUUCCACUACACGGUGUGGCCCGACCACGGCGUUCCCGACAGCACCCAGUCCCUGAUCCAGUUCGUCCGGACCGUCCGGGACUACGUGGACCGCUCACCCAGCACUGGCGCCACCGUUGUUCACUGCAGCGCCGGAGUCGGGCGAACCGGGACCUUCAUCGCCUUGGACCGGGUUCUGCAGCAGCUGGACUCCAAGGGAGGCAUCGACCUGUACGGCUGCGUGUUCGACCUGCGGCUGCACCGGCAGCACAUGGUCCAGACUGAGUGUCAGUACGCCUUCCUGCAUCAGUGUGUGAGGGACGUGCUGCGAGCCAGGAAGCACCGCAGCGAGCAGGAGAACCCGCUCUACCCCAUCUACGAGAACUUCAACCCAGAAUACUGCCGCGAUUUCAUCUACAACGGACGUUAACGAGGCGACGGCGCUCAGCCAAUCAGGAGAGAGGAAGCUCACCAUGGAGACGUGUUCAGUAACGGGUUGGACGUUAGCAGCUGAAUAAAAUCUGUUUCUUUGGUCGGGAUCACCAUUUUAACUGUGGUAAAUCACCGUGGAAACCAAACUCAUCAUCAACAGGAUUCAGGUUAAAUGUGCUGUAAAAAAGACAUUUUUUAAUGAUAUAAAACCAGUUUGUCGUUGUUUUUAAACCGAUCGGUUUUAAAAUGCCUUCAAGUUCAGAUUGUCAAUCUGCUAAAAAGCUGUGCUGUAAAUUAUUAUAAUUAUACUUUUAGAGCCACGUAAAAUCAGCUGUUUUAUAUGUUAGCAUACUUUUCAUGAGAGGUCAGAGAAAGCUGUUGCAGCACACUACUGGUCAGCUGGCUGAAACAAGGCUAACAAAAAAAAACUAAAGUUAGCUAGAUACCUGAGCAGAUAGCCUGACUAAUUAUCCAUCUAAUAUCAGCUUGUUUUAAUAUUAUUAGAGCAGUAAAGCAAAAUAUUAUGUGCACAUGAAAACUGUUAACAUUACUGGGUGUUUAUUCUAUUUUUUUUCUUUGCUCAAUUUGCAGGAAUGUUAGAUAUUAAUUUAACUGGAAUGUUUGUUAGAUUUGUGGCAUUACUGUAGCAUUUCCACUCAAAAGACUGUUAGUUUGUGUUGACAUUUAAAAAUACAAAAAUAGAUAUUUAUCAGUAACUUAACGAAUUUGUACAAUUUAUCCGUUAUUUUUUAGUUUUCUCUCCAGAAAACUACCAGUAAUGUUUUAAUCUGAAAAUCUAAACAGGAAACUGUAAAAACUUACAUGUGUUUUACAAGGACUGACACAGGAAGUGGGGUUGAAGCUGACCCAGAGUAGACAGGGUGUGAAGGGGGCGGAGCCUGUGGUAUGACAUCAUAGCUGUCAGCUCCUCUGUGCUGAUUUAUGUUAGUUCCCAACAUGGCCGACGUGACUGUUUGACUCGGUCAAAGCUCAGCUUUACUCUUAUAAACAAGCUUGUUGUUACCAUGGUGAUCUAACCAGGUUAAAAAGACAGAUGGUGACAUCACAGACUGUCCAACACAGAGAAGCUUUGAGACCAGAAUCCGGUUCGGGUUGUUCUGACCCAAUAACCGAACCCUAAUAUGAUCAAUAAUCAAUCCCAAACUAACCUCAUAUUUUCACAAAUUUGUCAGAGAAGCUAAAUUUAAAUCAGAAUGUUGUUAGAAAUGGUUCUGAAGUUGUUUGAGAAAAUAAAUUGCCUAUUUUUCUAUUUUCUCUCCUCAAUAUAAGCUGUUUAUUUAAAGAGAACCUCACACAAUGCUGUAUGUAAAUAUUGAUGUAAUAGUGGUUUUCCACUGCUGGGUUUAUGUUUGUGUUUUCAUGCUAGAUUUUUGCUUCAGACUUUUAACUUUUUGCCUCAGAAAUUAACUGUUUAAAACAUCUUCAGUAAAACGUUCAAACGCCUCAAGUUUCAUCUUAAUAAAUCAGGAAUCGGAUAAAAUGGGUUUUUUAAAUGUGUUUUUUUAUAUAUACAAAUGCCAUUUUAAAUGAUUUUAAAAGUUAUAAAAGCUCCAAAAAUUUGUAAACAAAAUUUAAGGAUUGUAUUUUUAAUAUGAAAUACUGACCUGUUUUUAACCUGCCAUCAGAAACAUGUAAACUUGAUUAUAAAGCUCAUUAAAAUUAGACGCCAUUCCCAA